CACACUCGACCCACUCGAGAGAGCAGCCAGUGGCAGUGCAGGAGAAUAAGAUGCUGCUCACAGUCCUCGUCUUGUAUUUGUGUCCGGUUUUUCAGUGCCAAACUGAGGAUACUGAAUUUUCAGAGGAUGUUGACUUUGAAGAAGAAUACAUGACUUCUGACAUGGAUUCAAAUGCUGCAGCUCCUCUCAGAAUCCCGCGGCAGGUGAAAAUGCUACUAUCUAAGGAAACUAAACCUCACAUUCAGGAGCUGUCGGUCCAGACCACCAUCAUUUCCCGCUAUGCCUUCACUGCGGUGUCCUGUAGCAUGCUUAACAGACACUCAGCUGCCACUCAGGGUGUCUUUCAGUUCCACAUCCCCACUGCUGCAUACAUCUCCAACUUUACCAUGAUUGUGGGAGGACGAGUCUUUCCCAGCCAGGUGAAGGGAAAGGAGAAGAAGAUGAAGAAGGAAGGAGGAGAAAACAAUGGCAAGAAAAACAAGGACACACCAGAGCAGAGUGAGGGUGAGAUGGAGUUGUUUCGAAUGGAGGUCACCAUUCCUGGACGCAACCGUGCGGUGUUCUUCCUGAUCUACGAAGAGCUGCUGCAGAGACGAUUGGGCCGCUACGAGCAUGUGACCAGUGUUAGGCCAAUGCAAUUGGUCAGCAGACUCAGCGUGGGCGUUACUAUUGUAGAGCAUUCCCGUAUCACUUAUCUGGAAGUAUUACCUCUACGAAAUGGCAAAACUCCUUCUUCCAAUGGCAUUGGGAAACCAAAUGGCAAAGUAGGACCACCAGUUUCCACAGUAGUCAAGCAAAAUGAAUCCAUUUGCAAGAUCAGCUUCACUCCCAACAUCGCCCAGCAAGCCAAAAUUGCCACCAAUGGCAUGCUGGGAGAAUUUGUGGUGCGCUUUGAUGUAGAGAGAGAAAAUGGCAUUGGCGAUAUACAGGUACUAGAUGGACAUUUUGUGCACUAUUUUGCUCCCAGAGACCUGCCUGUCGUGCCAAAGAAUGUUGUAUUUGUGAUUGAUACCAGCGCCUCCAUGGUUGGAACCAAAAUCAGACAGACCAAAGAAGCUCUGUUUACGAUCCUACGCGAGUUGCGGCCCAACGAUCACUUCAAUUUUGUCACUUUUUCCAAUCGCAUCCGUGUGUGGCAGCCGGGCAAACUGGUGCCCGUCACACCCAACAAUAUACGUGAUGCCAAGAAGUUCAUCUACAUGAUCUCACCCACUGGAGGGACCGACAUCAACGGUGGAAUUCAGACAGGCUCGGCAUUGCUCAGUGACUACUUGUCCAGCAAAGAAGAGUCGCAUCACAACAGCGUGUCGCUCAUCAUCUUCCUGACCGAUGGGCGACCCACAGUGGGCAUAGUUCAGAGUCCAACCAUCAUUGGCAACACCAAAGCAGCAGUGCAGGAGAAGUUCUGCCUCUUCACUAUUGGGAUGGGGGAUGAUGUGGACUACAGGCUCCUGGAGAGGAUGUCCCUGGAGAACUGUGGAACCAUGCGGAGAAUCCCAGAGGACGCAGACGCCAGCGUCAUGCUCAAAGGCUUCUACGAUGAGAUUGGCACUCCGCUGUUAUCCGACAUCCGGGUGGAAUACUCCGAGGAUGCUGUGGAAUACAUCACCCAGAACCUUUUCACAAACUACUUCAACGGCUCUGAGCUCGUUGUAGCCGGAAAACUGACCAAUCGCAGCGCAGACUCGCUGCACGUUCAGGUGACCGCCAGCAACAGCGAGAAGAGCAUCGUGCUGGAGAAAGACGUGUCGCUACACGAGCGAGAACAGGAAACCGAACGGCGGCUAGCGGAAGCAGAGGUGGGUCCGAACGCGGACGGUUAUGUGGAGCGACUGUGGGGAUACCUGAGCGUUAAAGACGGGCUAAAAGGACGACUGCGAAGCCAGACGAGCGGAGAGCGGGAAAACUACACGCAACACGCUACAAAUCUUUCGUUAAAGUAUCAUUUCCUCACGCCGCUCACGCAAAUAAUAGUGGAGAAACCACAAGUGCUGGCCGACGGAACUUUAGCACAGACAGAGGUGGAGGCCACAGAGGCUCCGCCCCCUCCCGAGUCGUCCAAUCAGCUGUCAGAAGACGACAACAGUCUAACGCAGAGAAAUGAACCGCCCAAGCCGAUUUCUGCAGUCGCCAAAGCAACAAGUGGCGUCAGCAAACCCGCCAAAAAGUCUGUCACCUUAUCCAAAACAUCCGCUGAUGGUGACCCUCAUUUUGUGGUGGAGAUUCCUCAAAGUAAACUGACUGUGUGUUUCAACAUUAAUGGGGAGCCAGGACACAUCCUGCGACUGGUGACUGACCAUAAACACUCAGGCGUGACUGUGAACGGUGCGCUGAUUGGUACUCCUGCCCCAGCCGGCAGUCAUAAAGAACAGAGGACAUAUUUCAACAGCAUAACUAUUGUAGCCAAUAAGCCGAGGCGCUCCUACAUUGAGGUGACCCCACAAAAAGUCAUACUGGACGACCGUGACCGAAUGAUCCUACCAUCCAGCUCCAGUAUUUCAGUUGAAAGCACCAACCUGGCUGUGGUCCUCAUUGCUAACACAAACCUGACUGUAACCAUCCAAGGAAAUAUCCAAUUUGUCAUCUUAUUCCACCAUUACAAAAAUCCAGCGCCCUAUCAGCGAGAUCACCUGGGAUUUUACAUCGCUAACAGCAAAGGAUUGAGCAAGGAUACACACGGAUUGUUAGGCCAGUUCCUGUAUGAAGAGAUUGGAUUGACACAGCUUCCUGGAAAUUUCAGCAUGGCCGGAGAAAACAUCACACGGGAAACACAAGGGGAAAAUAUCACUUUACACAGUUACCCCGCACUAAAGGUAAAGGAUCGUACUGUCGCCGUCAUAAAGAAGAGCAGGCGAAUCUACUCUGGAAAGCAGACCGUAGACUGCUGGUUUGCCAAAAACAAUGCGGCCAAACUGAUCGAUGGACAAUACGCAGAUUAUGUUGUGUCGCAUCUGUUUGACAUAGGAGACUGGGUUAAUGGAACCAACACACACUGAGACACACACUCACACAGAGAGAGAGAGAGAGAGACUAUGAUAGGAAGAUACUUACACAAACACUUUAAAAACCAUCACAAAGAUCCAAAAGCAUGAUUUAUAUUCAGUGAUGAUGUGUGGACAUACUACUUCACUAUUUUUAUUGUAGUCAUCUACAAAUAUAUACUGUAUAUUUUUAGUUAAUAUAAUAAAGUUUUUGGAACUUAAUUUUAUACUAAUAAAUUAAAUGUUAACAAUAGACUAGAAGAGAUAGGUUGCAGAAGUGAUUUUUACAGACAAGAAAAAACUACCUCUGAGAUUAUGAAAUAUGUUUCUAAUUUUUAACGUCAUAUAACAAAGCAUUUUAUCGUUGAAUAGUCUUUGAAGUACUACACUACCCAUAAUCCUUAAAUGAGAUCCACCAAUCAGAGACAACACUGUAUUUAAAGAGGUAAUCACAGCAAUAUAACUCCAGUGUACAGACCGACGAGCGAUGGAUGGAUACUUUUUUUUUUGGCUAUUAAAUUUUAUUUGGUGAAAGAAAAAAAUUAAGUAAUAAAGUAACGUAAAAAAAAUACUCAUUAUUUGGGAUGCACUACAUAUUGGUACCAUACUGGUUAUCAGCUAAUAUUAGUAAUUUGAAAAUAAAGUAGCACUGAAAAAUAAAAUAGUCAUUGAAAACUAAUAGGAUGUAUACUUCCAGAACCAUGACUACAUAAAAAGUGGGCAGUUGUGCCAAUCUAUUAGAAAGAAAUGUUAAACAAACCACACUAGCCUUAAUAGCUGAGAAACCUUUUUUCAAAUUUUUGGUUGAGUAUGACCUGUUUCGCCCCUGUCAUCAGACUGGGGUCAAAUGGUUGUUGGACACACCCCUUCCAGGUGUUCUUAAACCUAAGUUUGCUUAACUCUUAGAGCCCCUUUGUCACACAGGACUUUGUUGGCAGGUGCUCUUAAAAGUGCUCUGGAGACGUGAUCCUAACUUAAUGAUUAUGAUAAAAUGUGCAAAUGCACCCGCACACAAUACAAAAAAGUUAUGUGCAAACCUCAAAAUUACCCAUCACUGACCCCACAGGAUGACUUAAGCAAAAUAGAAUGACAUUAAAUGCCUUAUUUUUUUGUAAAUAAACAUUUAGUACAUAAAAACCCCACAAAUCUUCCUUUAAAAAAUCGUUAAUCUACUUUGUGACAUCCAUCUGCUAGAAAUUUUGUACUAGGUUUUUUUUUUUUUUUAGAAGCAGUAUUUUUUUUAGCAUUUCACAACUUAGUUUCAAGCUCGUAAUAACGACUUGACUGCAUGUGCAUAUUGACAUCAGAAUCAAUAUAAUUUAACAGCUGAAUAUUUACAGUUACUAGUCUGUACAUCAUUAUUUUGUACAAAAUUGAUAAUCAGAACUAAUGCAUGACUAAUGCAUGCGUAAAAGUACAAAAACACAAUUUUAAAAAAAAAUUACACUGUACAUUGUUUAAACUUUACAGGGUUAAAACACAAAGAUCGCCUGGUCUUAUUACAAAUGUUUUCAAGAGAACUUUUUUUCUUUGGGUGAGCCUUGCAGAUUUGAAAUAUUCUAGCAUGUGUGUCAAGAGCUGGAAAGUGAGGUGUUGUUCAUCACAGGUAGAGUGACAUGAGCUUUUUCCACUUCAAAUUAAAAGUCUGAAUGUCUGUAAUCAGGAGAAACACUAGACCUCCUCUCUCAUCUGUCUGUUUCUUUACUUUUAAUUAACUUAGAAGUAUGAACUUUAAAGGACGUGAAGGGAGGAUAAUGUUACCCUUUAAUAACUCAUAUGCUAUUAAUUAUCUAAACCAAUUGGGCACCAUACACUAACGUUAGAAGAACACUCUCUAUUUGCUGGGUUAAGUUAUCAUAGG